AUGGUGAAUGUGCAGUUAAUGAACCAUGGAGUGUUGGAUGAAGGGAUGAGGAUGAUGAAGGAGAACGUGCAAGGGUUCUUCGAUCUGCCCCACCACGAGAAGCAAAAGUCAACCCAGAAACCCGGAAGUCUCGAAGGUUACGGGCAGGCUUUCGUCACCUCUCACGACCAGAAGCUGCAGUGGAACAACAUGAUCUUCCUCAAAUGCCAUCCUGCUCAUGCGAGAAAUCUCGAUCUGUGGCCAAAAAAUCCCCCGGAAUUCAGGAUAGCAUUGGAGAAAUACAACGAAGAUAUGAGGAAGCUGGCAGCGGAAGUAGUGAAGUAUAUUGGAAUGGCGUUGGGGAUUCAUGAAGGCGAAUUGGAUCUGUUGACGAAAAGUUUCGGAGAAGGGAAAUACGAGGUCAGGAUGAAUUACUACCCAGCAUGCCCGUCCUUAGAAAGGACAACUGCUGGGUCACGGUUCCACCCGUUCCCGCGGCAUCGUCGUGAAUUUAGGUCAAAUCAUGGAGGUUUACAGCAAUGCCACGUACAGAGCGCCGGAUCACAGAUCAGUGGUGAACAAAGAGAAGGAGAGGGUGUCCAUAGCAACCUUUUGCUAUCCCAGCCCGUCUCUUCCGGUCGGACCUUCUCCCAGCUCUCGCAGCCACCGGACUCCCCUAUCUACCAAAACCCUCUCGAACUCGGAGAAUUCCUGCAGUGCUUCUUAAGCCACAAGCUUGAUGAUGCGGUUCCUUUCAUCGACACUCUCAAGCUGUAG